GAGCAGAGGAAAAUGACAGAGGAGGCCUACUGGGCGAGAGAGGAGGCCUACCGGGCGAGAGAGGAGGCCUACCGGGCGAGAGAGGAGGCCUACCGGGCGAGAGAGGAGGCCUACCGGGCGAGAGAGGAGGCCUACCAGGCGAGAAAGGAGGCCUACCGGGCCUACCGAGCGAGAGAGGAGGCCUACUGGGCGAUAGAGGAGGCCUACGGGGAGAGAGAGGAGGCCUAUCAGGCGAGAGAGGAGGCCUACCAGGCAAGGGAGAAGGCCUACCGGGCAAGAGAGGAGGCCUACCGGGCGAGGGAGGAGGCCUUUCGGUCGAGAGAGGAGGCCUACCGAGGGAGAGAGGAGGCCUACCGGGCAAGUGAGGAGGCCUACCGGGCGAGAGAAGAGGCCUACCGGGCGAGAGAGGAGGCCUACCGGGCGAGAGAGGAGGCCUACCGGGUGAGAGAGAAGCCUACCGGGCGAGAGAGGAAGCUUACCGGGCGAGAGAGGAGGCCUACCGGGCAAGAGAGGAGGCCUACCGGGGGAGAGAGGAGGCCUACCGGGCGAGAGAGGAGGCCAACCGGGCAAGAGAGGAGGCCUAUUGGGCGAGAGAGGAUGCCUUCCGGGCGAGAGAGGAUGCCUACCGGGCGAGAGAGGAGGCCUACCGAGUGAGAGAGGAAGCCUACUGGGGGGGAGAGGAGGCCUACCAGGCGAGAGAGGAGGCCUACCGGCCGAGAGAGGAGUCCUAUCGGGCGAGAGAGAAGCCUGGUGGUCUCCUUGCAGGAAUGCCGUUGAGACAUCCAUAGAGUGGACCUCGAAGUUGCCUCGAGCAGCGACGUCAAGGAGAGUGCGAAGGGUAGGCAGUUUAGCCAUUGGGGAGAAGGUGUCAAAGAAAUCCAGCCCCUUUUUCUGCGUGAAGCCUUUCGCACAGUAACGCGCCUUAAAGACCGAGAGUUCACCAGGCCAGGCAUGAGUGCACCCCCGGCAGGAGGAGGCGGAUUGAGGGAGAUGUGGACGGAGAGAGCGAGAGGCUAGAUGGGACCAUUGGAACGGG